AUGUUAUGUUUACAUCACUUAAAUGAACACCAAGAACUCAUGAAAAAACUUAUGGAUGAAUUGAUUGAUGAAGCAAAUCAAGAAACAUCCCAAUUACAAGCAAUAAAUUUGGCCGAUAAUCGUAAUGCUUUAUUUGAAAAAUUAAAACAAUGGCGUCACAAUUCGAUGUUGUACAUUGAACAGUUAUAUGAUGAAAAAUUAAAUGAUAUUGACAAAUUGUAUGAUAAAUCAAAUGAUGAAUUUGAACAAUAUAAGCAAAAAAAAUUAAAACCAAUUAUUGAACAAAUGACAUUUGCAUGUGAACAACAAACACGAAAAAAAACGGUGAAUACUUACGAUAUCAAUGAAUUAAAAGAGCAACUAACGAAAUUAAAACAGUUAACAUCAAAACUUGAAGAAAUGAAAAUUAUUGUUCAAUUCGAUAAAAAACGAUUUGAUAUCAUCAAUAUUUCUCGUGAAAAAACAUUUGAAGAAAUUGAAGAUCAAAGUAUUGAGUUAUUCAAUAAAGAACCCGAUCGAAUUAUUCAAACAAAAUCAAACUGUCGAGAAUUUGCAUCGUCUCAAGAUUUUACAUUAUUAGGAAAUCGAACUGAAUUAUUAUUGUAUAAAAAUGAUGGUCAUCCAGUGGGAAGAGUUCAAUGGACUAUGAAAAAUAAUGGAAUAUUACAAGACAUGUGCUACAGUGAAUUGUUAAAAUGUUUUCUCAUUUUGUCGGUCCAUUCUGUAUUCACCUUGACAACAAAACAACCAUUUACGUUAAGUAAAAUUGAACAAUUACAACCACAUGAUAAAAAACGCUUUGAUUAUUUAACGUGUACAUCACAAGACACUCUAUUUUUAAAUCAAACAUUAGGAUGUUAUAUUGAUAAAAUUUCGACAGUUAAUAAUUAUCAAUUAGUCAAACGAUAUAAUAAAACUGAUCUGAUACAAUGCGAUGACAAAAGUAUUGGUAUCAUUCAUACUAAUGACAAUUCUAUUGCUAUGAAUAUUUGGAAUAAACAAGAUCAAACAAGAAUUGAUGUAUUUGAUUUGUCAAUAAUGAAUCGAUUGUACAAAAUACAACAUUCGAAUAAUGAUGAUCUUUUUCUCCUAACAACACUUUGUAACGAACAAUGGUUAUGUUUUAAUUCAAAAACAUCACAACUUUAUUUAAUUGAAAAAACUGGUGUUUUAAGAUGUAUUAAACAAGAAAAUGAAAUGUGUAAUGGUUCUGGUGAAAUAUUAAAUGGUACAUGGAUUAAUAUUGAAAAUCAAGUUAUACUUGGUCGAAAGAAGGGUGAUCAUGUCCAAUUAGAAAUAUAUAAAUUGAAUACAACAAUGUCAAUAUCAAUGUGA